UCCAAAUUCCACAGCUGUCGCCUUCGUACGGAAAUUGAGAUGGAUUAAGGGAAUUCCCGAAAGUUUGUUAUUAUUAUAUGUUUCGCAAUUUAUGAGACAUAGUGGCUUUACAGUUUGGCAGAGAUUGACGAGCCGAGGAAGGGGUGUUCAGCACAGAGACUCACAGAGAGGAAGGAGUAUCACCAGGGGGAAGAGGAAGCACGAUGCAAGUGCGACAGAUCAGAUGAGUAUGGCUAGCCAUUUUUCCAAGUCAGCAAAAGUGCCCAAGAAUUGUGUUUUCUUGAUAAACACAGACAACGUCUAUUCAGGAUGUAACGUAAAGAGACCAGGCUGUCUGUGGUACAUCUUGGACAGAGAUUAUGAAGUUGCAAUAAAGGAGAGAUCACCAAACUGUCUUCAUGUUUUAGCACUUGACGAUAAUGGAAAGCAGUUAAUUGAGGUGAAGAAUCUCUAUGAGCUUUCGAUGAAAAAAGCUCUUUGCCUCCAGGCUGUGCCUGUUCUAGAAAUGCGAGUUCAGUUGCUUAAAGAAGGACUGUUAGAGGAGGCCCUGAUGAUAGAAGUGGAUGAUGCUAUUGAGGUGGAGACUGACAGAGGAUGGUUUCCUGCUAUUGUAAAAUACAUUGGAAGUCUUGGAGAAGAUGAAUUGGGAGGAACAUUCUUUGGCGUUGAACUACAGGGAGAUGGUCUUGGACAGGGUCGUUGUAAUGGAACAUUUGGUAACAAAAGCUAUUUCAAGUGUAAAGAGAAAUGUGGACUAUUUGUACCAGUCAGCAAAAUUAAGAGGUUAUCGCCAAAGGAUGUUAUGCAGAAAAAAGUAUCACCUUCAUUGCAUAAAAAAUCAAGGGAAUUCCCUGUUCAAAAGGGAGAGAACGUGCAUUUUUACAACGAAAACAAUGACCUAAAGAGUGGUCUGGUGCUGGGCGUGAAGGAGGAGCGUGAUGGCAGAGUAUUUUGCACCAUUGCAACAGAUGGAGAUGACAACUUUGAGUUACCACUGGAGGCCAUAGUCACAAAUGCACUUCUUUCACCAGGAACUGAGGUGGAUAACAAAAUGGACUGGCAGAACUCUACAGCACCUCACGAGGCUCAGUUAAAGGAACAAAGUACUGAGAAGCAAAUAGAGAUGUUUGACUCAAAAAUCAAAACCCUAGAAUCUGAUUUGGAUGUUGGCCACAUGGUGCAUAUACCAGCAUAUCACCCCAAAGCAACUGGAGUAAUUCGCUGGAUAGGAAUGCUUCCGGAAAGAAAUGUUAUUAGUGCUGGAAUUGAGCUGGAUGAAGAUAUUGGGAUUUCUGAUGGAAAAUUGAUGAAUAAAAAAUACUUCAACUGUCCACCGACACGUGGAAUUUUUGUAAAUCUGAGUUCCUGUCUUCCAGACAGUCGGUUUAAAAUGCAUGCAGAAGAAUUGGAAGAAACUGAUGGUGUAAAAGUCAAACUAAUUGGCAGAGUGGCUCCUCUAAUGAACACAGAGGCAGUAAAGAUCUUAAAUGGGAAGAUGAAAGGCAUUCAAGGUCACCGCAACUCCUGCUACAUGGACUGUGCUCUUUUCAGCCUUUUCUCUUGUUCUUCAGUGCUGGAUUCCAUGUUGUUCCACCCUACAGAUCAAACUGAUCAGGAUAUCCAGUUUACCCUUCGAGAAGAGAUAGUGAAUCCACUCAGGAAGCAUGGAUAUGUAGAUGCCAAAAGCAUAAUGAAGCUGAGAAAACAACUUACAUCUAGAGGGCACAGUCUGAGUUAUACUACAGACGAAAAAGAUCCUGAAGAAUUUUUGAAUCUCAUAAUGCAUUACAUAUUAGGAAUUGAACCACUUCUUAAGCUCCAAUUAGCUGCCCAGAAGGUGCAGGAGAGCUACUGCUACCAGAUCUUCAUGGACAAGGAGGAGGAUCUGAUUGUCCCCACUGUGCAGCAGUUACUAGAACAUUCAUUUGUCACAGGGAAGCUAAAGCUGGUUGAGGUACCUUCCUGCUUUAUCAUCCAGAUGCCCAGAUUUGGGAAGAAGUACAAAAUGUUUGGCAAAAUUGUUCCCUCUCUAGAGCUGGACAUCACAGAUCUACUUUGUGACAGUCCCAGGGAGUGCCUAAUAUGUGGUGAUGUGGCAACCCAAGAGUGUGAAGCCUGUUUCAAAGAUAGGAAGACAUUUUCCAUCUCUGGGUUGAAGCAGUACUGUGAAAUAUGCUGCAAUCGGGUGCAUUCUCAUCACAACCGCCAGGACCAUGUACCACAGAAACUGCAGUUGCCAAAAGAAUUCCACUGCAGAUACAGUGAAAAGAAGCCAAUGGUUCCUAAAGAGAAGCUGGAACUUUUUGCUGUACUGUGCAUUGAAACCAGUCAUUAUGUCUCCUUUGUGAAAUAUGGACCAGAAAAAGAACAUUGGAUGUUCUUUGACAGCAUGGCUGACCGACAUGGUGAUGAAGAUGGUUACAAUGUUCCUACUGUAAUUCUGUGUCCAGAAGUGGCUCAGUAUCUAGACUGUUCUGUGGAAGAGCUUGCAAGUCAAAGGCCACGUGACAUGGAAGGAGUCGCUAAACGAUUAUUUUGUGAUGCUUAUAUGUACAUGUAUCAGAGUACAAAGAUGGCUCUCUACAAAUAGUGGCAAGGCAUUUUCUUAAUGUGAAAAGAAACAGUGAAAAAUUGGUAGCAUGAAAAAAAACAUUGAACAGUAUUUCGAACCGUCAGAAGAUAUGGAAGACUGCUUUAUUUAUUCUUAAGAAAUCUGGACCCUUAAAUACCUUUAAGGAUGUACAUUGUUCUUUAAUGGUAAUUAAUAAGUGUGCUAUACAGCACUGCAAAUAUAUGGUUCUAAUAAUGAAUGUUGUAUGUCAGGUUUACACAUCUUUAAUGAAGACUAUGUAUGAAUUAUAACAUGCGGUAGAAUAUGAAAGAGAAAAAAAUGAAAAAAAAAUAAAUUAAAGAAAAACUAGUAGUCUUAAAA